AUGCUGCAUGUUUGGCGGAUUUCGGGGGAUGAGCUGGCCGUUUUUCCGCCGGAGCAGUUGAGCUCCGUGCGCGCGCUGAAGCGACGCUUGGAGCCGCUCUGUGGGCUGCCGCGCUUCAGGCAGCGGCUGCAUCAGAAUGGCUCCGACCUCGAGGACGACGCAGAGCUGUCCGCCCCGAGCCACCUGCAGUUGGUUUUGCUGCCCUUCGCCGGCACUUCCCAGGAGCAGGUGAAGGAGCUCAGGGCCGCUUCUGCCAGCGGCUCUGGCUUAAAGGUCGAAGGCAUACUGCAGCGGCCACAAGAUCCGAACUUGGUGGACGAGGGCGGAGAUGCUUCCAGCCCUCUCUUCGCAGCUUCCCAGAGGGGUCACCUGGAAGUGGUCCAAAAGCUCCUGGAGGCCAAGGCGGACUUGCGUCGCAGGGAGGACUCGGACACGCCCCUCCAUGCGGCCUCCGCCGACGGCCACCUGGAGGUGGUCAGCGCACUCCUUGAGGCCAGGGCCGAAAGCAAGAGCAAUCCGUUGCGCCUGACGCCGCUCCACUUGGCCUCGGCCAGCGGCCACGUGGAGGUGGCACGUCUUCUCCUGCAGCGAAUGGCUAGGGAAGGGGGAAGAGACCCCAAACAGCACCUCCAGGGCCUCCUGCCCCUUCUUCCCAUGGCUUCGGCCUACGGCCACACGGCCAUCAUCCGCUUGCUUUUGGAGGCAAAGGUCGACAAGGAUCUCAGUGACCCGCUCGGGCUGACACCCCUCUGCGCCGCAGCGCAGUUCGGCCACGUCGACGCUGUGCGUGCCUUGCUGGAGGCCGGCGCGGAUCGAGACCACGGCUCCCACCGAGGCCUGACCCCUCUGCAGGUGGCAUCUGCCCAAGGCCAUGUUGCCAUAGUGAAGCUCCUCCUACAGGCCCGUGCUUGCAGCGAGAAGAGGGAUAGCCGGGGGCUCACGGCCCUAUGGGUGGCAUCUCAGAAAGGCCAUGGGGACGUGGUGCGAAUGCUCCUGGAUGCCGGUGCGACGGACCAGGCGAACAAUCUUGGUCAGUCCGCUUUGUCAGUGGCCUCUCAGGAAGGUCACGCCGAGAUCGCGCGGUGCUUGGCCACAGGGCUCCGUCCGGCUCCGGAGGCGACGCUGCUGAGCCGAAGCCCACAGUAG